AAUGUAACGCUGUAAGCAUCAACGUCUUGCUUUCUGGGAACUUCUCCUCCGUUCGUGAAAGAACGAAGGAGCAAGCCAUCGGGUUACAGAAAAUUUUCUCUGAUAUUCUUGAGAAUUGCGUAGCUGCCACCUGAAGCACAGAGUGAGUAGCUACGGCCAGCUGGUUCAGUGAUCCUCAGCUAUGGCUGCUCUGAGAAAUUAUCGGAACCCAGUUCAAGUCUUUCACUGUUUUUGCUCUCCUUCACCUAAGCUCCUUAGGAAACUUCAAAACCCUGCUUUCGGUUUGCGCACCAAGAUGUUUUUCUUCACGGAGUUUCCAGGGAAAUUUAGUGUACUAAAAUCGAGUCUUAGUAGCAGAAAUGGGAAGAACUCAGUUUGUUGCCUCUGCAAGCCGAGUUCUGAGAUUGAAACGGUACSCAUUGAGCAGGGGACUGAACGACCUCCUUUUGAUAUCAAUCUUGCUGUUGUACUUGCUGGUUUCGCCUUUGAAGCAUACACGACUCCACCUGAAAAUGUAGGAAAGCGUGAAGUUGAUGCGGCAAAUUGCCAGACGGUGUUUCUCUCCAAUUCAUUUUUGCGGGAGGUCUAUGAUGGACAGCUGUUUAUAAAGCUCAAAAAUGGUGUUUCUUUGCCUAUCAUGGAUCCUUGGGGAACAAGUGAUCCCUAUGUGGUUAUGCAAUUGGAUGGUCAAAUUGUGAAAAGCAAGAUUAAAUGGGCGACCAAAGACCCUACGUGGAAUGAAGAUUUCACUUUAAAUAUUAAGAAACCCCCUACCAAAAUUCUUCAGGUUGCAGCUUGGGAUGCAAACCUUGUAACCCCACAUAAACGCAUGGGUAAUGCUGGCAUUAGCUUGGAGUCCCUUUGUGAUGGAAAUUUGCAUGAGGUGCUGGUAGAAUUAGAAGGCAUGGGUGGUGGUGGAAAGAUACAUCUUGAGGUUAAGUUUAAAAGCUUUGAUGAAAUUGAUGAAGAGAAACAAUGGUGGAGGAUUCCUUUUGUAUCAGAUUUUCUUGGAAAAAACAAUUUUACAUCUGCUUUGAAAAUGGUUGUUGGCUCUGAGACAGUACAACCACGUCAGUUUGUGCAGUAUGCAUUUGGACAAUUAAAAUUAUUCAACGAUGCAUAUGUUCAGAAAAACCAGUUUUCUAAGAAUGGUAGUUCUGAAAUGGAAGGCUCUGGAUCCACAAAUCAAAUUGGUGUUUCCGACAUCCUACCACAGCAGGGGAAUGGUAGAGAAGACUCUUUGAAUGAAACCAGCAUCAAGCACAACAACAAUUUAAUGGUGUCUCACACAGCUGAUGCUGCUAGUGAUAAUGGAAGUAACUUUGCACUGGAGUCAGAAGUUAAUGAAUCUGUGCAGUCAGACAAGCAUUUCUGGAAGAACUUUGCUGAUAUUAUCAAUCAAAGUGUUGUUCAGAAACUUGGUUUUCCUGUUCCUGAGAAAAUAAAGUGGGAUGGAAUUGAGCUGUUGUACAGAAUUGGCCUACAGUCCUGGAGUAUUGCUGAAGAAGGUUAUAUUGAAUCUGGGCUUGCAGCUCCAAAAAGUGAGGAUUCAAAUGAUGCUGAAAUUGGUCCUCCUGCCAUUGAAACAAUUCAAUCUUCCCUUCCCGAUAUUAAAAAGGCAUCUUUGAAUGUGUUAAGACAAACUGAUUCGAUUUUAGGAGCAUUGAUGGUUCUGACAACAUCAUUUUCCCAAGAGAACAAGCAAGUACAAUCUGUGGGAAAGAAUGAUAAUGUAGACAGUUCUUCUACCACAGUGAAAGAUGGUGUUUCAGGGUUUUCUGUAAAUGAGAAGGUAGACAAUGCUCUGGAUGGAUUGACAUUGGACCCAAGAAAAGCAGAGGAGAUGAAGGAACUAUUUUCAACUGCAGAAAGUGCCAUGGAAGCAUGGGCUAUGCUUGCCACUUCAUUGGGCCAACCGAGUUUCAUUAAGUCUGAGUUUGAGAAGAUAUGUUUUCUUGAUAACACAUCCACUGAUACACAGGUAGCAAUUUGGCGUGACUCACCACGGAAACGAUUAGUCAUUGCUUUUAGGGGGACUGAACAAUCAAGAUGGAAGGAUUUGCGAACUGAUCUGAUGCUAGUUCCUGCAGGGUUAAAUCCUGAGAGGAUAGGUGGUGACUUCAAGCAAGAAGUUCAGGUGCACAGUGGUUUCUUAAGUGCAUAUGAUUCAGUGAGGAAUAGGAUUAUGUCACUUAUAAAGCUGUCAAUUGGAUUUCCGGAUGAUGAUUCAGAAGUGGUGUCCAAAUGGCAUAUCUAUGUAACUGGUCAUAGUUUAGGUGGUGCAUUAGCUACCCUCCUUGCUCUUGAGCUUUCAUCAAGUCAACUAGCAAAGCGUGGAGCAGUUUCUGUUACUAUGUAUAACUUUGGAUCUCCUAGAGUUGGGAACAGAAGAUUUGCAGAAGUUUAUAAUGAGAAAGUUAAAGAUAGCUGGAGAAUUGUCAAUCAUAGAGAUAUUAUCCCAACAGUUCCUCGGCUUAUGGGCUAUUGCCACGUAGCUCAACCUAUUUAUUUUGCAGUUGGAGAUUUAAAGGAUGCUUUGGCAAACAUAGAACUUUCAGCAGAUGGAUACCAAGGUGAUGUGAUUGGGGAGUCUACACCUGAUGUACUCGUUAGUGAAUUUGUACGUGCUCUUAACUUUUCUUUCUUCCUGAAACUUUCAACAAUAAUAGAAGACAACAUUACCACAUUAGAAAGGAUGGAGGUUCUCCCUAUUAAGGUUAAUGGUACGAACUAUGCACUAUGGAAGUUUAAUUGUCAAUUUCAUGUUGAGGCAAAAGGUCUUUGGGGAUAUCUGGAUGGAUUAGUAGCUCAACCUGAUGAUUCAGAUAUUAAGGGUCUUAAUCAGUGGAAAAUUGAUAAUGCGAAAAUCGCAUCAUGGAUCCUAGGAUCAGUUGAAACAGACAUUGCAGCCCCUAUGAGAGGAUACUGUUGGAAAACGUGGGGUUACUGGUUCAGAUCUGAAAAUGGAAUUAAAAGUGGUGGAUCAAAUCAGAAGAAAGGAAGCUACAAGGCCUAUCAGACUGAUAUAGAUGGAUCAGAUGCUGCAUCCUCCAUUAUUUCAAUGGCUGGCCAAAAUGACACUUCUGGUGGCAUGUCUGAAGAACGAAUUCGACAGCUCAUGUCCUCGGUCAUCUCCUCAGCCUUCUCUGCUAUUGGUCUGUCUGGGGCCACACUUGGUCAGUAUCCCAAACUCCAUCUUCUCAAUAAACACAUUGUCAUUGCUAAUGGUGAGAAAUUAGAUAUACUUGGAUGUGACCGGCAAAUUGGGGAGAUGAAGGGGAAGGGGCAUAGACUAGGGCAACUAUUUGCUUUGGAGUUUGAGAAGAAUAAGGCUGCACUCGUUUCUACAGUCCCUUUUUACUUAAUACAUAGUGAUGUUUGGUCGUCUCCUGUUGUUUCACAGCUGGGUUAUAACUUUGACUCUACUGGUACCUCAAGCAUACCAAUGCCUCCUCCACAUCAACUUCAAACCUGCUUCAGGAAGCAGCAGCCUUCUUCAGUCUUAAUAUCCCCCUCCGCUCCACCACCAGUUGUUGAUCCAGUCACUCCAAUUGCCCCAGUAAGUGCACCAAAUCUUUUCCUUGAACCCACUAUACCCACUUUAUGUCGUUCUUCUAGAAUUUCUUGCCUACCUGACUGUUAUGGUUUUUCAUUGGACUGUCGCUCCUUCUUUGCUGUUUUAUCUACCACAGACAUUCCUAGAUCUUACCAGCAGGCUGUAGCAGAACCACACUGGAAAGAUGUCAUGGAUUUAGAGAUCUGA